AUGAACAACAGUUCAGAGACUGACAGACGCAAGGAUUUUUUCGAAGAGGUCGUUUUUAAAAACUUGACCGUGGUCUUGUUUGGUAUCAUCAUCAACGCCAUCAACAGCCUGCUGGUGUUUACCUUCGUUAGGACGCCCUCUCUCAGGAGCGAAAGCCGAUACAUUCUCUACAUGCAGCUGGUCUUUAACGACAUCAUCAUGCUGUCUGUUUCCGUCGCCUUGCAUGUGCUGGGUUACACGGUAAGAGACCUAAACGUUAUCGUGUGCUGCAUUCUGAUCCUCAUCGCCAACAACGUGCACAAGAACAUGCCUCUCAACCUGGCCGGAAUGGCUCUGGAACGUUUUGUGGCUGUCUGUUACCCUCUUCACCAUUCCCUGAUCUGCACCGUACAACGAACUAAAAUGCUAAUUGCCAUUAUCUGGUGUUUGGGUGCUCUGCCUGGCGUCAUAGACCUCCUGAUCACUCUCGCCCUGCGACCGCUCUCUUUCUUCACCGCAGGCAGGCUCUGCUACCACGCCAACAUCUUCAGCCUCAAGUACAAUAUCGACAAUAAUCUCGCCUCUAACAUCAGCCACUUGUGUUUUGUGUGGGUCACACUUUUCUACACCUACUUCAGGGUGCUCUUCUCAGCCAAGGCAGCCGCCUCAGACCCGGUCAAGGCCCAAAAGGCCCAGAGAACCAUCUUACUGCACGGGAUACAGCUGGUGCUCUGCAUGACGUCCUACGUGACUCCCAUAGUGGAGGCCACACUGAUUGUGCUCUUCCCAGAUUACAGGUCGGUCAUUCUCUUCUGUAACUACAUCAUCAGCAGCAUCCUGCCACGACUGCUCAGCCCGCUCAUCUACGGCCUCCGGGACCAGACCUUUAAAAAACACUUAGAGGGCCUGGUUUUGUGUCGGCUCAUUAAGGGCUCCGUCGACCCGACAGUUUGA